AUGGCUCAACCAGGAACAAAAUAUGGACUUCCAUUUCCUGUUUUAGCUCGAUCAGCAUUUGGUACAUGGGGUGCUAAUAUACCAGCUAUGCUUCGAGGACUUGUUGCUUGUGGAUGGCUUGGUAUCAAUGUAUUUUUAGGUGAUGAAGCUCUUAAAACAUUUGUUAUAGCUGUUUGGCCUAGUUAUGAAUACUUUGGACAUAAUUGGACAUUUCUUGGUUUAUCUACUCCAAGUUGGUUAACAUUUGGUUUAUGUUUAUCAAUACAUGUUAUAAUUAUUUAUUAUGGUAUGGAAGCAGUUAAGAAAUUUGCAAAUUGGGCAGCACCAAUUGUACUUAUUAUGACUACUGCUCUUCUUGUUUGGUUAGCUGUAAAAGCUAAAGGUUUAGGCUCUAUGUUAUAUAAACCAUCAAAAUUCGAAACAUUUCAUGAAUUUUGGGUUAUAUUUGUGCCUUCAUUGACAAUUGGUUUUUGGUCAACUCUUGCAUUAAAUAUUCCCGAUUUUACACGAUUUGGUCGAAGUCACCGUGAUCAAAUGCUUGGCCAAUCACUUGGAUUACCUUUGACUAUGCUCAUAUUUAGCUCAAUGGUUGUUAUUAUAACAAGUACAGCACAAGAUGUUCUUGUUAAUGGGACAGGAAAUUUAUGGGACCCUGUUUAUUUACUUUCCGUUAUAACUUCUCCUUCUCAUGCUUUUUUUUCAACACCAAUACGUAUUAUCAUAGCUAUUAUUUCAUUAUUAGGUAUGCUAAUAGUAACUGUUUCAGUAAAUAUAGCAGCAAAUGUUGUUUCACCAGCAAAUGAUUUUGCUAAUUUAUCACCACGAUAUAUUUCAUUUAAAACUGGUGGUUUAAUAAUUUGUAUUUUAUCUGUUGUUAUUAUGCCUUGGAAAUUAUUAUCAAGUUCAGAAGAAUAUGUAUUUACAUGGUUAAUUGGUUAUUCAGCAUUAUUAGGUCCUAUUGCUGGCAUAAUUAUUGGAGAUUAUUAUCUAUUAAGAAGACAAACAUUAGAAAUUUUUGAAUUGUAUUGUGAUACUUAUCCACUAUAUACUAAUCGAGCUAUGAAUUGGAUUUCUAUGUUUGCACUUGUAAUUGGAAUUGCACCAAACAUGCCGGGGUUUAUAAGAAGUUUACAACUUAAUCAAAAUCGAGAAAAAACAUUUUUUGAUCAUAUUUAUAUUUAUGCUUGGUUUGUUGGGUUAUUUUUGGCUGGAUUUAUUUAUGUCAUAACUAUGUUAAUACAUAAACGAGUGAAUUUUAAUAGAAUUAGAUGUCAUUUUUUGAAUAAAUGA